GCCAAAGAAAAAAAUAAGUGCGUUGCACUUGGAAAGGGUUGAAAUUGACAGCCAUUGGCGAUUGGCCGAUAAUGUGACUGCGAAAAUCAAGCGAGGCGGUUGUUUUUUUUCAGAUUGAUUCAGGACGUGAAAGCUUCUCCAACGGAAUCGAGCAUACUCACUCACCAUGGCCGCUCAACAUGACCUGACGCAACGCAUGAUUCCAUUCUUGGAUCGCCAUUUGGUGUUUCCUUUGCUUGAAUUCUUGGAAUUGAAGGAGAUGUACGCUACCGAUGACUUGGUGAAGGCCAAAUAUGAUCUGUUCUGCCAAUCCAACAUGGUGGAUUUCGUGGCUGAGCUCUACAAGAGAUUGCACAACACCGAGAAGACCCCCGAGGAUUUGCUCGAGAAGAAGGACAAGGUGCUCGUACAGCUCGAAGAUUUGCGUGAUCAGGUCCAAGAGUUGAUGACUGUGUUGGAAAAACCCGAAGUGAUUGCUGCUCUUCGUGACGAUAAAAUUCAAAACUUGGAGUAUUUGAAGGAAAACUAUCAGAUCACUCAAGAAAAGAUUGAAAUUUUGUACGAUUUUGGUCAAUUCCAGUACAACUGCGGUGACUAUGGAGGUGCUGCUGAUAUGCUUUACCAUUACCGAGUAUUGUCGACUGAUAACGAUCGCGUAUUGUAUGCGUCGUGGGGUAGAAUGGCCUCGGAAAUCUUGACCGGUAACUGGGACGCUGCCUUGGAAGAGAUGCAAAAGCUGAAAGAAACCAUUGACCAAAAACAUUUUACAUCCGCCCUUCAGCAACUUCAGCAACGCAGCUGGCUUAUUCACUGGUCUUUGUUCAUCUUUUUCAACCACCCCAAGGGUCGUGAUGCCAUCGUCGAUAUGUUCCUUUUGCCUCAAUACAUCAACACCAUCCAGACUUCUUGCCCCUGGAUCUUGCGUUACUUGGCUACGGCCGUGAUCACCAACAAGCGUAGAAAGAACCAGAUGAAGGAAGUCGUCAAAGUGAUUGAACAAGAAUCGUAUGAAUACCGCGAUCCUAUCACCGAAUUUAUUGAAGCUCUUUUCAUCCGUUUCGAUUUCGAUGAUGCGCAAAAGAAGUUGAAGGAAUGCAAGGAUGUGCUCAGCAAUGAUUUCUUCUUAUCGUCUCGACAGGACGAAUUCACGGAAUGUGCACGACAGUACAUCUCCGAAACCUACUGCCGCAUCCAUCAAAAGAUCAACAUCAAGGAUAUGUCACAGACCCUCAACUUGAAUCAGGAAGAAGGUGAAAAAUGGAUCGUGAAUCUGAUCAGAGAUACUCGCGUCGACGCAAAGAUCGACUUUGAAAAGAAUACCGUUAUUAUGAACACACCCGUAACGUCUGUAUAUCAGCAAGUCAUUGAACGUACCAAGGGUCUUUCGUUCCGAUCCCAGGUGUUGGCUUCCACUAUCAAGCGACGUGAAGCUCAGCAAGCCGCUAACGAGGCCGCGGCUGCUCUGUAGAGAGAUGAUGAUGCCUUGUAGAGUUUGGUGCAGUCCGUCAUGCAGAUUUGUUUUUGGCAGUCUUUCUUUUUUUCCAUCUUCCCAAAUAAUCAAUAAACCGUGAAACAAAAAAAAGCAUUUCUAGUCACAAGAUGAAGAGAGACGAAAAAGGGAAUUCCAAUGGAUCGAGUGUUUUUUUUUUU